UUUGCAACUUACAAUAAUGGGAACUAGUCUAUUGAUAUUUGCGCUCAGUUUAGCGUUUGCUUACAAGUUGUGCCUAGCUCAAGAUGAAAGUUGCCUAAGAACCGAUGGAAAAAGUGGAUAUUGUGUGCCUCCAAAGCAAGUCCAAAAAUCCUCGACAUGUUAAAACGGAGAAUAUCCGGAAUUCCAUUUACGGCGGAAGAAACAAUAUAUAUAAGUCAUUCUAGAUGUCCAGGCCCAAAUCGAUUAGUGUGCUGCGAGGAAGACGAAAAGGUGGCUGAAGGAAUUCGAGUGUUGAGAGAGCAAAAUUGCGGUCAAUUUAGUACUAUGAAAACCAUUGGAGGCAAAGAAGUUGAAUUAAUGUCCAGGCCCUGGAUGGUUUACCUCACCAUAAGCUACAAUGCAACUGUUAGCUUUAAGUGCGGCGGCACUCUAAUAAGCAAUCGCUAUGUACUAACUGCGGCACAUUGUUUUAAAAAUGGAUCACUACGUUCAGUGCAUUUGGGGGAACAUAAUCUACUAACGGAAAUAGAUUGUAAACGGAAGAGAGGAUCAUUGAUAUGCGCACCGAAAGUUCAAAUUAUUCAAAAUAAUGAAGUCUUUCAACACGAAGAGUAUUCUGCGAGAACUAAACUCAAUGAUAUUGCCCUGGUGAAGUUAUCAGCAGAUGUAUUAUUUUCAAACAGCGUCAGGCCAAUUUGUUUGCCACUGAAUGAAACACUGCAACAAUUAUCCAAAACAAUUGACAAAUUCUUCGUUGCUGGUUGGGGAGAACUUGGUCGCUACCGGCAAUCUAAUGUCUUAACAGAGACAAUCGUCUCAAAUUUAAAUAAGACGCUCUGUGAUCGAUCCUACAGUGGCAUUCCAGCUCUUGGCUCAACACAACUCUGCGCUGGUGACAUUGGGAGAGACUCGUGUAGUGGCGACUCUGGUGGUCCAUUAGCCUAUGUGACCCAUCUGUAUAAUAACUCGCAACGCUUUGUACAGUUUGGAAUUACCAGUUAUGGAUCGUCAAAUUGUGGUGAUGGUCAUCCUGGUGUCUACACAAAUGUCGGCAACUAUAUUCGCUGGAUCGCCAACAAAAUCGCCACCAAAUACAUCUCAAAACUGUGCUCAGUCCGCUACAGCUCUCCAAUCGCAAUGUAUAGAAUCAGAAUCAGAUUGCUGAUUUUCGUUUCGUGUUUGGCAUCAACACUUGCAGUUGCCGUAGUUGAAUACACUGCGGAUGACUUUUGCACCAGACUCGAUUUCAAGCCAGGAUAUUGUGUGCCUAUAAACAAUUGUACGCUGGUUAAAAACAUUACUGCAAGAAAAUCGGAAGCAACAUCGGAGCAUACAGCUGAUGAAGAAUUGUACAUCAGAAAUUCUGAAUGCCCUGUUCACAAAAAUGGGUUUGUGUGUUGUGAAGAUGCAGAAGAAGUGGCAAAAGGCGUUGAUCAUCUGAACCCAGAAGAGUGCGGAGAAUUUGGAACAUCGAAAACAAUCGGAGGCAGAGAAAUUGCAUUGAUGUCCAGACCUUGGAUGACUCUGCUUUACAUUCGAGACGAGUUGGAUAACGAGGACUUCUCGUGUGGCGGAACGCUAAUAAACAAACGCUAUGUAUUAACCGCUGCUCAUUGUUUCACUAGAAAAACGCUAUUGUACGUGCGUCUUGGAGAACACAGAAUAUCCCAGGGAAGAGAUUGCACCCGAAAGAGGGGAGUGGAAACGUGUGCGCCGCCAGUUGAGGAUGUGGAAGCGGAUCGAGUUUAUAUCCAUGAAAAUUACUCAUCUAUCACUGGUCACAAUGAUAUUGCUCUAAUCAAACUCUCACGAGAUGUUGAAUUCAAAGAUAGCAUUGGACCCAUUUGUUUGCCUGUGAAUGAGACUAUUCAACGGAGUGUGAGCUCAAUGGAACUAUUCCAUGUGACGGGUUGGGGUAAAACCGAAGUCCGCUUUGCGUCCGAUGUUCCACUAGAAACCGUUGUUCGCCAUAAGGAUAUUGAUAACUGCCAAAAAUCUUAUCGAAGGCAAAUCAUCCCAGCUCAACUGUGCGCCGGUGGCCUUGGAAGGGAUGCAUGCAAUGGGGACUCCGGUGGUCCAUUGGCAUAUGUGAAGAAUUUGGAUGGCCGACAACGCUUCGUUCAGUUCGGAAUUGUCAGCUUUGGAUCAUCAAAUUGUGGUGAUGGCCAUCCAGGUGUUUACACAAAUGUCGGUAGCUACAUUCGCUGGAUCGCCUACAAAAUUGCCACAAAAUGAAUUGAAU